ACCAAAACAAGUAUGGCGGCGAUUCGCCGGGCUGGGCUGAAAAUGAAUAAAUCUGCGGCUUAAAAUCGGUCAAGAAAUUUCCGACAAGCUUUUCUAACGCUACAGGGUAUAGUAUAGGGAUAGUCGCGGUCGCAGGAUCGAGUAUAGGAUGUAGAUUUAGUCAAAUUCUGAGGCGACGUUCAUGCGUUCAAAAUAUCGUCUGAUUCCGACUGGCGGCCAUGAUGACAGAAUCGAACGUGUCGCACCGCUUCCCCGACCACUGCGCCACGGUGCUGCGGCGGCUGUGCGAGCUCCGCCGUCAGGACGUCCUGUGCGACGUCACAGUGAACGUGCAGGGGAAAAACUUCAGAUGUCAUAAAGCCAUCCUGGCAGUAUGCAGUGGGUAUUUCCGAAUGUUAUUUGCUGCCAAUGACAAGAAUGCGAGCAUUGUGCUACCUGGUGUGAAUGCCAAUGCCGUGGAAGACAUCUUAAACUACAUGUACACUGGGGAGCUCCAACUUGAAACAGAACACAUGACAGCCUACCUGGAUGCAGCAAGCUACCUCGAGAUUCCCGCUAUCAUGGAAUUGUGUGAUGCAGUUUACAAGAACACUGCCAGCCACACAUCUCCUGAAGACGCCAUGAUGCGCUUCUCUGACCGUAACUUGUUCACCGCAUUUGGUGCCAAAGGCACAUGGCACGAUCAGGAAAGAAACAAGAAGACAGACAAGGAAGAUUUCACAUGGAACUUUGUCAACACCUCAGAGGGCCAGAUUGCCAUACUUAAGGACGUGAAAGAAGGAGAUGAUGCCAAGAAAAUUGACAACAAGCAGUCUAGCGAUAAGGUCUUAAGAUCAGAAGAGAACAGCAGUCUGAUCAUACAAUCCCAGUGCUCGUCACAAGAAGGCAGUAGUUUGGGUUUGGUUGCCAAAGCUGAUUGCAAGGAUCCUGCUGUGAAAGGCAAACCAGGAAAACGAAAGACCUUGAAAAAGUUCAAGCUGAAAGAACUCAAAGUAAAACUAGUACCUCUUUACAGCGUUAGGAAGAAGAAGACUCAAGGAGGUGCAGAGAGGGAGGAAGAACAACAAAAGGAGUUGGGAAGUAGCAGUGCAUCUUGCUCCUUGGAGACAGUUGAAAUCACAAAGUGGGUUGACCCUGAGAAUGUAUGUGACAAACAGAGUGGGGAUUUCUGGAACCAAAGUGAUGAGGACAGAUCAGGUAGGCAAACAGAAGAUCAGUGUGCAUUGGACAGUGUCGGGGAGGUUUCUAUACAUUCUGUAUCCGAGGACUCGUCUCGGGACCAAGACUUUGGGACACUAGGGGGUGAAACGGACAGGAAACCAAGACUGCUCAAGAUUGACGUGGCCUCCUUAACAGGAGGAGGAAAAAGAAGGAGCAAAAGAGAGCCGAGCGCGACCAUGACAUUUCUGUCGAGCCCCGGUGGCCAGUUUGACGGUAACACCAGCACGAGCUCCAGCAGUAACAGCUCCCCUGAUCCAACGGUUUCUGAUCCGCUGGGCAAGAGGCGCACCUGUAGAAUCUGUCUCCUCACCCUCCGUGACCAGGAGGAAAAGUCCCUACACCUCCACACCGUCCACUUCGACCGCUUCACCAACAAGUGGCAGUGUCCCUACUGCAACAACAGCUACACCGCCAGCAACAACCUGCAGAAGCACUGCAUCAAGGAGCACGGGCUGCCGGCCAGCGCGCCCAAGGGGGAGCGCUGCCGCUGCCUGAUCUGUCACGCUCGGUUUGACAGCCAGGAGGAGAAGACUCGACACCUCCACGCCGACCACUACAACCAGCAGGCGCAGAAGUGGGAGUGCCCCUUCUGUAGUCACUCCUACACCGCCAACAGCAACCUCAAGAAACACUGCAACAAGGUGCAUUACAAGCUGUGCUUGGUGGAGUGUCCUGUUUGUGGCAAAGAGCUGAAGGACAAGCAGCGUCUGAAAGAGCACAUGUACUCUCACACCGGAGAGAAGCCCUACAUGUGUAACACCUGCAGCAAGAGGUUCACCUGCCAUACAGGUUUGAAACGUCACAUCCUGCUCCACACCGGCGAGCGGCCCUUCCACUGCAACAUCUGUGACAACAGCUUCCGGCAGAAACGCCACCUGAAGGAGCAUAUGUUGCGCCACUCGGACGACAAGCCCUACCGCUGCGAGACCUGCGGGCAGCAGUUCCGCCACAGCACCGCCUACCGCAACCACCGCUACCAGCACACCAACCAGCGCCCAUGGCUCUGUAAGCUGUGCGGCGCCGGAUUCAUCAAGAAAAUCAACAUCAGGAGACACCUCGCCACCAAGCAUGGCAUCGUGGAUGAGGAGGACAAAGGGCAGGGGUCAGAGGGCACAGGUCAAGUGGGGUUAGAUGGCAUAGGUCAAGUUGCAUCUGAGGGCAUAGGUCAAGUUUUGUCUGAAGAUAUACAUGUAGGUGAAGUUGUAUCUGAGGGCAAACUUGGUAAUGUUGGAUCAAAGGGUCAAUGGGGAUCAGAAGGUAAAGAUGAAGGGGAAUCAGACAAGGCAGCUGUGCUGUCCAUGGGGGCAGGAGAUUUGCCUGGGCUGGACCCAGGUGGUGUUUCCAUGGUAACCAAAGGUGGGGUUACCAUGGGAACCCCAGGUGAGACAACAGAGCAUGGGGAGGGGGGUGAGGGAAGUGUGGAGGAGAGGAAGAGCAUGAUGGCUGUUGUAGGACCUGCAGUGGACAACAUGUUUGAGGAUAUCAACCCCUGGGGAAAGUAACUAGGACUGAGCCAUGAUACACCUCUGGUUAGAGAGUUGUACCACCUGAUGUUUAUUGUUGCUUUUGUUGUAAUGUUGAGUUUGUUAGAAGCUGUACAGUUACAAAAAUGUUGCUGACGAAAUAGUUUACCACAAAUCUGCAUUUGAUGGAUGUGUUGUCUCAGUGGUUGACAACUGUUUAGAGUUACACAAUGUACGUCAUGUAUCGUUUGGACUUGUUGGAGGAAAAUGCUAAUGGGAAUGGUGGGGGAUCAGUACAAUGUAUUAUUUUGUUAGCCUUUUUUUCCCAAAAGAAAGAGAUGUCCAAAUACGUAAAAGCCAAACAUGCAAUUGCUGGGCAUUAAGGAUGUACACAUGUACAUUCCAAUGAGUUAACACAAGCCACAUUCACACUUCUCAAGACAGGUCCAUAGAUGAUAGAGGUUUUCAAGAUUGCCAUGAGGACAUAUUUUGUAUCUUCUCCUUUUUUUAAGUUUCAUUCCACAUUUUACAAAUGACUACAAGUUAUUUCAUAUUCAGUUUUAAGUGCCAAAAUGAAAUUGAGUCAAUAAGAUAAGACAUUAAAAAUAGUCUUCUCAAGAAAGAUGAAAAAUGAUUCUAAGUUAAGGUAGAUCUAAAUAAAACUUUUGCCAUGACAAUGUUUCCAAGGAAGUCUUAACUUCACUGUCAGAGUUGUUCCAAAAAGUUUAAAGGUCAGUUUACACACUGCAAGCUUACCAAGUCUAUUUUAAAGAUAAAUGUUGUGAAAGUCAAGUUUUAGAUGCCCAUUUAUAUAUAUUUAUUUAUUCUUUGUGUAGAAAAUUUAAAGAGAUUACAAAUUACUGUUAAAGUUAAAGAUUUAUGUAGAUUUCAAAUAGCUUCUUUAGCAGUGAUAUUUAAAUUAAACCUGUCUAUCUGUUGAAAGUGCAGAAUGAUUGUAGCUAGUCUUUAGACGAGUCUCCACCAGAGUAACAACACAGGUUCAAAACUGUCAUUUUUAGUCAAAUAGAGACUAAAUUUGUCAUGGUUGUCAAAUGAAACCUGAUCUGCCCAGUCGGACCCUAUUUUUGUUGAAUUCUUCCAUCCUUACCCCCUUAAGGAAGGCCUGGUGGAGGCUACAGGCUGCCCUGACAUGAUUGUUGCAUUCUGGGAUUUUAUGCCAAGUCUUUCUGCAUGUGCUCCUGUCAUCUUGGUAUUACAAAGUCAAUAAAGACAUGGAGGGAGAACAUUACACAAAAUAAAUCAAGCAACAUUUUAUUACUGGAUAAAUUCUCUAAAGAUUCAGACAUCUGCUAUCUAUCUGUCAUCAUUCUGAGCCAGUCACUGAUAAAAGAUUUCAGAUGCUCAAUGAAACGUCUGACUCGGCUAUGGCCGUGUUUAUGUGAAGUCACCCAAACC